AUGGCGUUCUCUUGUGCUGUUUGCUCGAAUCGUACAUUUCCCACUCACCGCUCAUUUCGUAGUCAUGUCCGCGAGCACAAGCACCCCAAGGCAUCACCUCAGAAGUCCAGGUUGUAUUACCACCCGCGGAUCAAUGGUCGUCCUUGCAACAGAUCCGGCAUCUUCUUACCAAAUGGAUCCCCUCCACCACCUCGUGAGCCCCUUGACGGCUUUGCACCAUUCGAAGAUCGCCCGUCAUUCGAGUUCGCUGAGUUGGUCUACGAGAAGAUGCUCUGCUCGAGAGACGACGUCAACCAACUUCUUCGUAUCUGGGCGGCGAAGAAUGUCAUUGAUAACACGGGCACAGAUCCUGUCUUCGCUGCUCACAAAGAUAUGCUCAAAACCAUCGACUCAAUACCGUGGGGUGAUGCACCAUGGUAUUCCUUCAAGUUGCGCUGGAACGGUCCCAUUACCCCCGACUCACCAGCUUGGAAGCGAGCCGAGUAUGUCGUUCACGCCCAGAAUCCUCUACAGAUCUUCGAGAACAUGCUUGACACAAGCGAGUACAAGCAUAAGUUCCAUCCUGCUGCAUAUCAGGAGUUUGUUACUCCAGGCGGGCGACGGUACUCCGAGUUCAUGUCUGGACAUUGGCCUUGGAAGGAAUCGAGCAAGAUAGCUUCAGAUCCAUCGACUCAUGGAUCCAUGCUAGCAACUAUAAUUGCUGGGGCGGACAAGACUACCGUGUCCGUCGCAACCGGAAACCAGGAGUUUCAUCCGGUCUAUGCUUCGCUAGGUGUCUUCCACAAUGACGUGCGCCGUGGACACCAGAAUGCCGUCUUGCCUGUAGCAUUCCUUGCUAUCCCGAAAGGCUCACAUGAGGACGAAAACGAUCCCGACUUCCGUGUUUUCAAGAAGCAAAUUUACCAUGCCGCACUCGCCCGCGUCUUCGACCCAGUGAAGCCAUACAUGACUGAGCCUCGCAUCACGCGCUGCCCUGAUGGGCACUAUCGCAAAGUGAUCUACUCACUCGGGCCAUUCAUCGCUGAUUAUCCCGAGCAAGUCUACUUGUCCGGAGUUGUCCAAGGACAUUGUCCCAAAUGUUUCGCCUCGACAGACUCGCUUGAACCGGGGGAGCCAAGGUUCCGUGAUUUGACGCAGUGCAUCAAGGACACAUACGCACAUGACCCGGAAGUACUCUGGGAUGCAUUUGGGAUUGCUCCCGGUGUGAAGCCUUUCACGGAUCACUUUCCGCGCGCAGACAUCCACGAAGCCCUAUCACCCGAUCUGCUCCAUCAAGUGAUCAAGGGUACGUUCAAGGACCACCUAGUCGAGUGGGUUCUUGAAUACAUCAAGACACAUCACUCGACGCAUGAGGCGAAUGCCCUUAUUGACGACCUCGACCGCCGACUUCGCUCUGUCCCCGCUUUCCCUGGCCUCCGCCGUUUCAAGGAAGGUCGUAAUUUCAAACAGUGGACUGGUGACGACUCCAAGGCGUUGAUGAAGAUCUUCAUCCCUGCGAUUACCGGAAUUGUCCCCGACCGUGUUGUACAAUGUGUACGCACGUUCCUAGACUUCUGCUACAUCGCCCGCCGAUCCUCUCACGACUCCCGUUCUCUCCAAGAGAUGGAAGAUACUCUGCGGCGCUUCCAUGAGCUCCGCAGCGUUUUUCGUGACGAGGAUGUACGCAAUAGCUUCGCACUUCCUCGACAGCACGCGUUGGCCCAUUUUGUACGUGGCAUUCGCCUCUUUGGAUCACCAAAUGGACUGUGCACGUCAAUCACUGAGUCGAAGCACAUCCGUGCUGUCAAGCGGCCGUGGCGCGCCACCAACAAGAACAAUCCAUUGAUCCAGAUUCUCGAGGUCAACUCACGGCUGAACAAGCUUGCUGCCGCGCGGUCGGAAUUCGGCAGCCAUGGUAUGCUUCAGGAUGAUGUUCUGACUGCUGCUCGACGGGAUGCACAGCCAGAGCUAUUGUUCGAUGAAAACGCCCACAAUAUCGACGAUGGUGGUAACGUCGACGAGGGAUACAAUGGCCAGGAUCUCGCCGCCGACGCAAUGGAGAAUCAGCACUUUGCUGAUGUUGAUGGCGUUGAUGGCGAUCCGGAGCCUGUCUCAAUUGUUCUAGCCAAGAGACCAGCCUGUUCGCGUUCAGUCGCACGACUUGACCUCCCUCCGCGCAUCAAGGCACUGCUUCCCGAGCUCAUCCGCCGCCUUCUGCAUGACCAGCUAACACCAGACGCCUCGGAUGAUUCAGACCCUGACGACGUGGAUAUCGAUGACUGUCCCCAAUUCUAUGGCAAUGUUGCUAUUUAUCACAGCGCGCGCGCGUUCUUCUACGCUCCGAGCGAACUCUGCGGUCUAGGCGGCAUGCACAGCGAAAUGAUUCGCAGCCACCCACACUGGUACAGCGAAUACGAGCGGCGAGAUACUGUGCUCAUCCAAGAUGGUCCAGAGGACGGCGUCAUGGGAGGCAUGUUGGUUGGCCGAGUGCUCGCCUUCCUUUCUUUUACCCACAACGAAAUCACUUACCCAUGCGCACUGGUGGAGUGGUUUUUCCCUGUUGGCGACGAACCUGAUAGUGUUACAGGCAUGUGGGUGGUGAAGCCCAGACUAAUUCGAGGCGAGCGUGAUGUAGGUCUUGUUCAUACCGACUGUAUUGUCCGAGCAUGUCAUCUCGCACCUCUCUACGGUCGGGCUCCUUUACCUACGGACUUUGAUUUUUCGUAUUCUCAUGUAGCUUUUGGCUCGUUCUACUACAACAAAUACGUAGACUACCACGCGCACGAAUGUUACCCAUUAGCAUAAAAUGAACC